AUGUUUCUAUCGUACGCCGCCGUGGCCGUGUUCACUUUCGCGAUUUUGUUGAAUAUCUUCUACUUGUACUCGCCCGUCGAAUCAGCCGCAAACGGAUUUAUGUACGAGUUGUGCGAGGAAUGUCUGAAGUCGGAGUGCCACGUCAAUAGGAAAAGGCCGUGCUUAACCAUAGACCACCCUCAAUACAAAUUCACAUGUUACACGUGUGAUCCUGAAAAUCUUAACCCACAGUUCUAUUCCAAAUUGGAAUGCUUGCACGGUUGCACGGACCCGUCGAAGUUCUGCGUUUGUGACGGAUCGUGUUACAUGUGCGUCGUAAAAGAGGGCGCCGACUUGUUUAAUUUUAUGGAUUGCGCCGUACCAGACAAGGAGGAGCAACCAACGUGCGUGUAA